AUGGGGAGCAUUCCAGUGCCAGCUGCUGUCAGCAAAUAUCCUUUCACAAUGGUUGGGGGUCAGAUUGACCCGGAUGAUCCUGACUACUGUAGGUUCAAAAAGCAAUGCUGUCUGUAUUGGGGUGCAGUGGUAGAGGCUCUGGACCAGCUGCAGUGGAUGCUAUUGGACUUUGUGGUGCCACUGGCGUGGGUGUGUGAGGAGGGGCUGGCAGUGUGUGUGCAGAGUGGGGAGUUCGACUGGAGAGAUGGCAGGGGCCGGUGCACCCAUAUGGAGAAGCUGCUCUCAGUGCUGGAAAACAGGGAUGAGGUAUGGGACCUGAUGUGUCAGCCUGGCCAGCGCUACAGAGGCAUCGAGGGGCAUCGGGCAGCGGCUGUGUGCAUCCAAACCUGCUGGAGGCUUUACUCUGCCCGUACCGCCUACCUGCUCCAACUCAGGCCCAAAUGGGCGGCACAAAUUAUUGCCAUGUCUCUGCUGAAACAUGCCAAACUACGUCUCCACCAACUAGAAAACCACCGCAUCAGGGCAGAGAGUCUGGCAGCCAAAUGGAAACACAUCACCUCCGCCAAAAGGACUAUCAUCCACGUCACAUCAUUGGGAUAUUCCCAACAUCAGCGGCUCAGUCAGGGAUCUGAUGUACUCCAGAAUACCCAGAUGGGCCGACUGUGUGUCAUCAGAGAUGAGAAUGUUGAGGUCAUCUAUGUGUCUCCGGUGCGCCUGGGUGAGGAUGUUCUCCAGUACUACACUCGCCUGCUGGGCCUGCAGACAGCCAUUGAGCUGGGUGACGCUUCUGUGCCUGAGUCCUACUGUGCCAAACGCUUCACCAUCCUCAUGCCAGAAGCACUGGAGCAUUUUUCAACCCAAAACAUGUGUCUAGCUUCAGUCCUGAAGUACAGACCUAGAACACUACAGGGCAUCAAGAAUCUGAUCCAGGGGAAACAGGCAUACAUGUUCGGCGGUGUCACCCACACUGAUGACCUGGCUGUUGCAGAUGAGCUCAAAGUUCCACUUUUGGGCAUAGAGUCUGCGGUGACCCAGCUAUACAGCACUAAACCUGGAGGAAGAAGGAUCUUCAGUAGUGCAGGGGUCGACAUGCCUCCAGGAAAGUGGGAUAUAUACUUAUACACCCUGGAGCAGGAGUCAGUGAUGAUCAAGUUCUUAGAUGAGGUUCUUCAUCUUCUGGCUUCCUAUGCCCAUCCGGCCAACACGUCCUACUAUGUCACAUGGGCCUGUUUCCUAGAACACUUCCUCAGGGAAGCAGGUGGAGUGAUAGAAGCCUUCCCUCCUUUGGAUAGUGUGACAUGUCUGACAGUGGAUCUUCUGGUGGAGCCAGGAGAAGAUGUUCACAUGCUGUCCUGCGGAGAUCAACUGCUUGGGCCGAGUGGUUUGGAAGUGGUGGGCUGCACCGUACCUCAGACCUCCAUCUGCCCUGACGUCCUGCACACCAUUUGCACUCGUGUGGGUCAGGCCUGUCAGCAGCGCUUCAUCAUGGGCCACAUCUCCCUAGAUCUAGUCACCUUCCUGCAUCCCAGCAACCUCGAGCAGCAGGUAUGGGCUAUUGAUCUUGACCUGGGCUACAGUAACCAGUUGGCCAUGACCCAGCUGAUGCUCAUGAUGACGAGGGGGAUGCUGGACUGCUGCACCAGUAAAUCGGAGGUUCCUCCUCCAGUCAGAGACGUGAAGUCUUCCAUACACAAUGCUAGAGCAAAGACCAAAGCUCAAACCUCAGUGACCAAUCGCUUUGCAGUGAUGUGCACCCGACUUCUUCAUACCAAUCUUUCUUUGGUAUAUUAUAUUACAUUUUUCCUGAUGUGCAAAGCGCAGGGCAUAGGUUAUGAUGUCAAGGCAAGACAAGGCACUGUGUUCGCCCUCCAUGACAGCAGAGAUCGAAGAAGCCUUGGCAUGCUAACAAUCUCGGAGGAUCUCCAGGGAGCGCUGCUGACCUUUGCUCACAACCUGUCAAUCAUUCAUCAGGAAAUAUCAGCUCCAAAUAUGCGAGGAGCAAACAAUUUUAAGGACCUUAUCAAGGACAUUGAGGAGGUCUUGGGCAUUACAAUAUAAAACCAAACCACAUCUCAGGAAGAAAAGGAGAUUACUGCACCCGAGAGCGAACAGUUAUCAUCUCAUAAACCUCAUAGAUCAACUCCAGAUUAAUCAACAUACUUAGAGACUAUCAUACAAAAGCAUUUACACAUUCAGUUAUAAUUGCUGUCACCAAACAUUUCUAUAGACUUCAAUUAUAGCUGUAAUGUGGCUAGCAUUAAAAGGAGAUACACGCAUGCAUGAAUCUGCUUUAGUGGAUUUUUUCUAUUGUUACAUUGUCCAGGUCACAUAGUUAUAGUGAUCUAAAAUGUUGUACAAUAUUUCUCUCUAGAAAGAUUAACAAUGCAA